UAUUCGCUUUCUCCGGUAGAUUUUCAUUGGCAUGUGAGCCCCGGGAUUUGUUCUCCAGUGCAGUUCCGCUUGUUUGUCUAUCCAUUCCGACACCCCCUAGACAAAUAAUAGUUUCGACUAGACAUAUCUGUGAGUGAAUCCCACAAAUGAGUUAUUAAAAACUGGGCUACAUUCCUGAAUUAUCAAAAAUUCGUACGAGCAGUGGUUUCUUCUCUUCAGUCUUUCCUGAAAUAAUUUAUCACUCCUACGUUUCCUGUAAGUUUGUUGAUCAUCAGCAAAUAGACAAGUUUCACACACAGUGCAGUCAACAGUGCAAAAUCAUCCCCCUCAUGGUUGUUCCGAGUCUGUCUGCUUCCUUCCGCAAUCGGUGGAUCAUUAUUGUUAGCUUCUAUAAUUAGCCCUCAAGGGUGCACUUUGAUACUAUGAAUAGACACAGAGAUAGGUGUUCGAUAAUCGUGUAGGACGGAGCAUUGAAUCAUGGAGGUCUGGUGGUUCUCGAGGGUUGUUGCUCACCAUCCCUAUGCCAUCCUAGCAGCAGUGUUUGUGCUGUCAUCAACAUGCUUAAUCGUGCCAUUAGCAACAAACAAAUUCCCGGACUUCUCCGAUCCGCAAUUGGGCUUUGAGGCGAGAGGCACACCACUAGCCCAACGUCUGACCGCCUGGUACAACUUGAUGAAAGCCACCGGUGCCCGAGGGGAGCUCACAGACAAUCCCAUAGAGUACUACAACUACCUCCUCCAAGCACUAAAACAAAACUCAACCGAAUCCUUCAACAGAACCCGCACGAUCCCAGGCAUCCUCCGCAAGAAGCCUAAAAAAAAGAGCAAAAAGAAGGGAAAGAAAAAAGGCAGCAAUUCCACUGCCACCACAGACUUCGACGACAACGACGACAAAGAUCAGUGGGACGAACUAAUAAGGCUCAAGCAGAACAAAACCCUGACUGAACACGAGAAACAUCGUCACCUCGAUGAUGCUUUCUUCUGCAAUCUUCCCAGUGUGGCGUAUUCCCGAGUGAUCGUUGGCUCAGACAUGGGAGAAGCUAAUUUAUGGUCUCGUAAAGGUGUCCUCGCGCAGUGUCACAUAGACGCAACCCUGAGAGCGAACCCCGAAUUUUUGUCUUUGUGUGAGACAAGGUCUACGAAUGGGCCUAACAGUAAAGAGUGCUGUCGCAGCUGGUCGCCAGCCAACUACGUGGCAUUCCUCUCGAAUCGAACGACUUGUCUGCAAGUCACUGAGAAGGAUCUGGCGAACGUCGAGGAGCUUCUUAAGAGAUGUGCUUACUAUUACAGGAAUCGUCGAUUGACUCCAGAUUGCGCUGAAGAUUUCAAUUGCCAGAAGCAAGUGCCACCAGAGUGCUAUGCCCACAACGCUCCGUACCACCUGCUGCAUUACCUCCUCGAUGCUGACUUCAUUCCUCCACAUAUAUCAGCCAAUAGAAUCAACUCAACCCUGAAACUGGCCAUGAUUUUCCUGCCUAUUGCUGCUAGCUCUGCAACUCUUGGCUUUUACAAGGACGUCAGCAGUGUUGAGUUGUCUUAUGGGAAUUUCAAGGUCCUGGGAAUGGACUUGGGACUGAAGAGCACUCUGUUCGAUAGACUGUUGGUCUCGGAUUCGUUUUUACUGCUGUUUGGAUUCUCUUUCGUCACGAUAUGCAUAUGGGCGUACACUGGAUCUGUGGUUCUCACUGUCUCUACGAUACUAGCAGUGAUAUUCAGUCUUGGGAUAUCGUAUGCUGUUUAUACACUGGUUUUGAAGAUCACGUUCUUUCCAUUCAUGAAUUUGUUGGCUAUCGUCGUCGCAGUUGGAAUUGGAGCAGACGAUGCAUUCAUAUACUGCAAAGUGUGGACCCAGGACAAGCAACAAAAGGUCUCAAACGGUGGUCUUACGAGACUCGUCCAAGAGACGAUGAAGCACGCAGUCCCCUCGAUGUUAGUCACAUCGCUGACGACAGCUGUCGCCUUUUUUGCGUCGAUUGUCAGCAAUGUAACGGCAAUAAACUGUUUCAGUUUGUUCUCAGGGAUGACAGUGAUCGCCAAUUUUUUCCUCAUGGUGACCUGGCUCCCGGCCAGUGUGGUGAUCUCGGAGCACUGUCGCCUAAUAAUCCUCUCCCCAGCGAACUUCCUAGUACGCAAGAUAAUCCGCCCCCUGCGUAUCUCCAUGGAGAAGGUCUCAGUGGCCUUCAGCUCGAUCAUCGCCCAAAUGGUGAUAGGGCUGCGUUGGCUCUGGCUCUCAUCCCUCGGUGCUAUCGCCCUGGCCGCAGGCAUGGUGGUCUUCAGUUUCCCCGGCCUUCGUCUCCCAGACUCCCCCAACUUCCAACUAUUCGACGCUUCCCACCCAUUCGAACAAUACGACUUGCAAUUCGCUCACCGAUUCUUAUUCGAGAAAUCAGAAAUGGGAGAUGGCGCAGGACUGCUUCCCCUGCGCUUCGUCUGGGGGAUAAAACCAGUGGACGACGGGGAUUACCUAGACCCCUCAUCCCGCGGAGGGCUAGUCUGGGACGACUCCUUCGACAUCUCCAACGAACACUCCCAAAUGUGGCUAGAAAAAUUUUGUCGAGACCUUCGCUCCCAGCCCUUCUACCACGAGACCCUGGGUCCUCUCCUCCCCAACUGCUUCAUCGAGUCCUUCAAGAACUGGAUGAAAAGACGGUGCGAGGAUGUAAUCGACACAGGCAUCUCCAAAGCCCCUUGCUGCGAGGCGAGCAAGUACCCAUACGCUCCAUCAGUCUUGAGAAAAUGCGUUGCAGAAGCGAGUGCCGAUCUGUACAGAACCCCGAGCUACCUCUGGCAGAGAGGGGGCACAGUGGCAGGUGGAAUAAAGUACGACAAAGCUUCGAUGAAGCCCUCCCCCCAACAUCUAGUGGACAACAGCACUCUCCCCAUGCCUCUGCCCAGAAUAAUGGCCCUCAUAGUGGAAUACGACAGCAAUUACUCGUACAGUUUGUCUUUUGCUGAGAUGGACCGGUUCUUUAAUCAAGUUGAGGGGUGGAUGCAGACGCAGCUAGAGUCCGCACCACCGGGGAUGAAGAACGGGUGGUUCGUGAGUCGUUUGGAGUUUUACGAGCUCCAGAGGACACUCUACGAGGGCACCCUGUGGGCCAUGGGGGUUUCCAUGAUCCUGGCUCUGGUCGUGCUGGCUUUAGUCACUUUGAAUCCUCUUGUCAGUCUUUAUGCUAUCAUAGCCAUUGGUGCAGCUAUUCUAGUUACUGUUGCUGCACUUGUUUUACUUGGGUGGAGGCUGAAUGUCCUUGAGAGUGUCGCUGUCUCUACGGCCAUUGGGUUGGCUGUGGAUUUCUCUCUGCAUUACAGUGUUUCUUAUCGAGCUUGUGCAUCGGAGAAGAGGGUUGAUCGAGUUAGGACAGCUAUUGAGCAAAUGGGGGGGCCCACUCUGAUGGCUGCUGUCACCAGUGGUGCGUCUGGUGCUCUCAUGCUGCCAUCUCAAGUGCUUGCGUACAUUCAGAUUGGGGUAUUCUUGAUUCUCGUCAUGGGAAUUAGCUGGGCCUACGCGACAUUCUUCCUCUGCCCUUUGCUCUCCGUCGUCGGUCCGUCGCCACACUUUGCCCAAUUCCGAUACCCCAGUGUUCGGAGAAUUGUGUCAUGCUUUAGGGGGAAUCCUAAGGAUGAUACCAGGGAGAUCGAGAGGGAGUGUAAGGUGGAUUGGCGGAGGGGCAAGGGACGGGGAAUGCUCUCCGAGCCGACGUUGAGUAACUCGAGUACAGUCUGUCAAUUGCAUUAUACUGAUAUGGAAGUACUGGGAACGAGGAUCAAUGUGGUGGAGUCCAUGCCGUCGUCUCCGUUGCUGUUUGGAGCCUAGUUUCAUGGAGAGCAUGAGCGGAAGGAGGAAAUGAAAUUAUUGACACGAGGCAGCGGAAAUUAUUCGGUGGAUGAAAUUAUUGAGCCGAUGCGAGGGAGAAUUUAAGUGAAGAGUCUGGCGAAUACGUUGGGAAUUGCAGUUUUUGAUGGAUGGAUCUGUGAGGAAAUGGACGCAGAUUCAAUAGAUCCAGACGAUAUUCGUUCAGACUUAGGCUGUCAAGAAUUAUCCAGUAGAAAUUUCUCGACAAAUUUUCGUAAGCUGGACGAAAAAAUACUAUGCAGAGAAACGUGAUCGACUAAAUUGUACAUGAAGAUCACGAACUGAUCGGUUUCGAGUGAUUUUAGACAACAAUUAUGGGAGUUACACAAGAGUUUCUACGGAAUUUCUUUUUAAGUAGGGAAGGAUGGGGCAAAAUGAAGACUUGACUUUUUUUCAAUAUUCAUAGCUCAAAAACCGUUCGUCAAUUGAUUUCAUUCUACGCUCAGCAUAGAGGGGAAGACACGCACGAAAAAAUUGAGUAGAAAAACGUGGCGAAUUCGCUAGGCAAUUCUACUGGAUUUCGAUUGGACUUUUUAUUAGUUUUUAGCUGAUUCUACUGAAAUUUUCAGUAGAUAAUAUUCU